AUGGCGGAUCUAAUAACAACCCGAAAGCAAAGUGAAAAUAAAUUUUCGUACAAAAGCAAUGAAGAGCUCUCAAGAGAUCACAUCUCAUUGCACGCGGCGCUGAGCAAUUUGCAAAAUUUAGUAGAAUUGCACAUCACAUAUCAACUACGACGUAUCGGCGUUGAAUACCGACGGGAUCAAUUUCAGUUUACUAAUAACGAUGCUAAAAAUCUAGCGAAAGGGUUGCAAAACUGUAAACUACUAAAGGUUUUUAGAAUUACAAGAACGGACCUAAAUUGUCAAAGAGUAAAGUAUAUCCUUCGUGGCUUAUUAAAUGGUCCUCAUUUAGAGACUUUGGACUUCAGUCAUUGUAAAGUGGGCGAUGAAGGAGCUGGUCAUAUUGCUAAGUUCAUGGCAAAACACGAUAAGUUACGAAAUCUUAUUCUAGCUGAUAAUAUUUUCGGACCAACUGGUAUUGAAAUUAUAUCGCAAGUCCUAAAUCACACAAGCUGUGGAGUGCGCAUGUUGGAUUUGAGACUCAAUAACAAAUUAGGAUCUGAUGGAAUAGCUCACGUAGCUGUAUCUGUUGCUAGGGGGUGUAAUCUUAUAUCAUUGAAUAUAUCGGGCUGCGGAAUCACACCAAUCCCAAUACAAAAGCCACCAGCUGGUGUAUGGUCAGCCAUUAACGCGGCAAAUCCACCGACAUGUGGGGAUCUUUUGGCAAGAGCUAUCGGCUUGGUUAAAACUCCUCUCCGCUCGUUUGACAUAAGCGUGAAUAAUAUCGGAUCGCCCAGUGAUAUGACGCUAUCAAACGCAAUUUGCUUAAGCUACUUAAUAGAUAUUAAUCUUAAAAGAUCUGGGAUGGGCUCCAUUGCUAUGUCCAUCGCUGAAUCAGCUGCUGCAGCUCAGCGACUUAGGAGAGAGUCAGAGAAGGGUAUUCGAUUUAGAAGAAGCGCUGGACGAGUGGUACAAGCCAGACGAGUGGUUAAAGGCAUGAAUAUAGACGCAGAUCCUAUUCUCCUUGCUCAACAACUUUCUGCACGUCCAUCUAUUGUAUCUGUCGCUUCAGAGGAUGGUGUAUAUUAUAAUGUACAAACUCAACCUUUACCGAGAGAAUUUGGUUUCGUUCCAGUCUUGAAAUCUUCCCGCCCACAAUCUCGAGGUUCGUCAGCGACUGGACCUACAACUUCACGUAGAUCAAGUCACCACGUGUUGUUUGAAACUGAUGAGAAAUUAUUUCAAAACAAAUUUGAACGUCGCAAAUCCGAUGGUGCAAUUCAAUCCCCACACGGUCUUCAACAAAUAAAAAUAUAUGUUUCACGAGCACGUGACAAUAUUUAA